AUGUCCGUUCUUUCGCAAAAGCCCCAGAAAGAUUUUCCAAAUCGCCCGCAAUUUUCCGGGUUCAUGAAGCCAUGUCGAAUGGAAGGAGAAGUCCUCAAUCUGGAAGUCCAUGGCGAGAUCCCGGAAGACAUCGAUGGGACAUUCUAUCGGGUUAUGCCCGAUCCCCAGUUCUCGCCCUUCAUCGAGAAUGAUCCAUGGUUUAACGGCGACGGCAGUAUCAGCGCCUUCAAAAUCAAAGACGGAGUCGUCUCCUUCAAGCAGCGUUAUGUCCGAACAGAGAAAUUCGUCCGGGAACGAAAGGCUCAAAGAGCAUUGCUUGGCAAAUACCGCAACAAGUUCACCGAUGCCGUGGAAUUCGUGAGCCGCACCACUGCCAACACAAAUAUCGUUCACUUCAAUGGCAAAUUAUUGGCUCUGAAGGAAGACUCUCCACCAUAUGUGUUGGAUCCUCACACCCUCGAGACAAGCGGCCUAUAUGACUUCGAUGGACAGUUGCCCAGUUUGACAUUCACCGCACACCCGAAAUUCGACCCGCGCACGGGGGAGAUGCUCUGCUUCGGAUACGAAGCCAAGGGCGAUGGAACGCCUGAUAUAUGUUAUUACCGCAUUGGAUCCGACGGCAAUUUCUUGGAAACCGUGUGGUUGACUGCGCCUGUUGUGGCUAUGAUUCACGAUUUUGCUGUCACGGAAAACUGGGUCCUUUUCCCCAUCAUCCCUCAGGUCUGCGAUAUUGAGAGAAUGAAGCAGGGCGGCGAGCACUGGCAGUGGAGCCCCGAAACUCCAUUCUUCAUUGGAGUCCUCCCACGACGGGGAGCAAAGCCAUCCAAUCUCAAGUGGUUCCGCUACCAAAACUCAUUCCCGGGCCAUGUAGCGAACGCCUACGAAGACGAAUCCGGUAACGUCGUACUCGACCUCGGACUGAGCGAGAAAAACGUCUUCUUCUGGUGGCCGGAUGCGCAAGGAAACUCUCCUGAGCCGAGCUCCAUCCACUCCCAGCUAACCCGGUUCACCAUCGACCCCAAAUCCGAGGAUCUCAACUUGGUGAGCCCAACGGUUCUCCAAAGCGACAAUUCGGAGUUCUACCGCAUUGACGACCGCUUCGCCACCCAAUCGUACAAGCACUGCUUCUUCGACCUAAUGAACCCUGCCCUCGGAACUGAUUUUCCGACUAUCAUGCCUCAACUAGGUGGUGGAUACCCGCUGUAUAACGCUCUUGCGCACUUGAAUAUUGAAACUGGAGUGACAGAGAUCUACUGCCCGGGAAAGACACAUAUGGUGCAAGAACCAAUUUUCAUUCGGCGACGCGGCUCUACAGCUGAGGGCGAUGGGUAUGUUAUGGCUCUGGUGAAUAACUAUAUUUCCAUGUGCAGCGAGUUGCACCUGUUGGAUACCAGAGAGUUCACCAAGACAAAGGCUGUCAUCCUGCUGCCGCUUCGGUUGAGGCAGGGACUGCAUGGCAAUUGGGUUGAGGGCGAUGAAUUGUAG